UGUUGCCAGGGUGAAUUAAAGCCGCGUCGGGGCUUAAGAAAAUUCUCAGGUAGAAGUCCUCCAUCACUCCACAUAUAAGCAAUAUUUAAAACAUACGAUGACCAUGGCAUCAGUAUUGGAUGCUCUGUGGGAGGACAGAGAUGUUAGAUUCGACAUCACUCCACAGCAAAUGAAGACGAGACCCGGUGAGGUGCUGAUUGACUGCCUGGAUUCCAUUGAAGAUACCAAAGGAAACAACGGGGACAGAGGGAGGCUCCUGGUGACCAAUUUAAGAAUCAUCUGGCACUCGCUGGCACUACCCCGAGUCAAUCUUUCUGUGGGAUACAAUUCGAUCAUCAACAUCACAACAAGGACUGCAAACUCUAAACUGAGGGGGCAGACUGAGGCAUUGUACAUUUUGACCAAAUGCCUCAAUACCAGAUUUGAAUUCAUAUUCACCAAUGUGGUUCCCGGAAGCCCAAGACUGUUCACAUCCGUCAUCGCAGUCCACAGAGCGUAUGAAACCUCCAAAAUGUACCGUGACCUGAAAUUAAGAGCGGCUCUUAUUCACAACAAGCAGCUGAGACUCUUACCACAAGAGCAAGUGUAUGACAAAAUUAAUGGAGUGUGGAAUCUGUCCAGUGACCAGGGUAACCUAGGAACAUUCUUUAUCACCAAUGUGCGAAUCGUGUGGCAUGCCAACAUGAACGAGAGCUUCAAUGUCAGCAUACCUUACCUCCAGAUUCGCUCCAUCAGAAUAAGAGACUCAAAGUUUGGUCUGGCACUGGUGAUAGAAAGUUCUCAGCAGACAGGAGGAUAUGUGCUUGGCUUCAAGAUUGACCCUAUGGAGAAACUGCAGGAUGCAGUGAAAGAGAUUAACUCACUGCACAAAGUCUACUCUGCAAGUCCCAUCUUUGGAGUGGACUACGAGAUGGAGGAGAAGCCCCAGCCACUGGAGGAGCUGACGGUGGAGCAGCCCCCUGACGAUGUGGAGAUCGAGCCUGACGAGCAGACCGAUGCUUUCACAGCAUACUUUGCAGAUGGAAACAAGCAACAAGACCGGGAGCCAGUGUACUCUGAGGAGCUUGGUUUAGCUAUCGAAAAACUAAAAGACGGCUUUACUCUUCAAGGGCUUUGGGAAGUUAUGGCUUAAGAAAUAUCCGACUUGCUGUUGUCACAAGGGUUUUCUGACGUCUGAAU